AUGUCCGCCAGCCAAGGGAACCGACGCAAGCAGAUCGUGGUGGCAAUAACAGGCGCUACCGGAGCCACGCUGGGAAUCAAUUUACUCAUUGCCCUUCGCCAUCUUAACGUCGAGACGCACCUAAUCAUGUCCAAAUGGGCCGAAUCAACCAUCAAAUACGAAACGGACUACCAUCCUUCCAACGUCAAGGCUCUUGCCGAUCACGUCUAUAAUAUCAACGAUAUGGCAGCUCCCAUAUCUAGUGGAUCGUUUCACACAGAUGGCAUGAUCAUUGUGCCUUGCAGUAUGAAGACACUUGCAGCAAUCAGUUCCGGGCUCUGCAAUGAUUUGAUUUCACGGGCCGCAGAUGUCAUGUUGAAAGAGAGACGAAAAUUGGUCCUGGUGACCAGAGAAACACCAUUGAGCGACAUACAUUUGCGGAAUAUGUUAUCUGUGUCACGGAGUGGCGCGAUAAUCUUUCCACCUGUGCCAGCAUUUUACAUUAAACCUUCGUCGGUUGAGGAUCUGGUCAACCAGAGUGUAGGGAGAAUGCUGGAUUUGUUCAACCUCGAUACGGGAACUUUUGAACGAUGGAGCGGGUGGGAAAAAGAUUAA